AUGUCUUGGGACGACGAAGAUUUUGAUGUUGGUAACAACAACGCCGCAGCCUCAUGGGAAGAUGAAGCCUUAGACGAUGAUCCAGUUUUAGAUAGUUGGGAUAUCGAUGAAGAAGAAGUUGAAAGACAAAAGAAAGAAGCUGCUGCUAAGAAGAAAGCCGAAUUAGAUGAAUUACAUAAAAAACAAGCUGAAGCUAAAGCUAAAAAAUUAGCAGCUAAGAAUGGUAAAGAUCCAGUUUUAUUAGAAAUUGAUAAAGUGGAUCCAAAAACCAGAGCUGAAAUGUUAAGAAAAGCUGAAUUGAAUAGUGAUUUAAAUAAUGCAGCUUCAUUAUUUGGAGAUUUAAGUGUUGUUGAUGAAAGUUUCGAUAUUAAUGCUCAUCCUAGAGAAAGAGCUACACAAGCUGCUGCUGCUAAAGCUAAAGCAAAUUCUGCUACCACUUUAACUAAAGAUUCACCAUUAGAAUUGCAUCCAAUCUUUAAACCUGAGUCUAAACAAGAUUUUGAAAAAUUAAGAAAGACCUUAAGUUCAACAUUAACCAAAUUAGCUGAAGAAUCAUCAUUAAAUUACUCAUCAUCAUUAGCUAUAGAUUUGAUUAGAGAUUUAUGUCAACCUUUAUCAAUUGAAAACACCAGAAAAGUUACAUCAACUUUAAGUAUCAUCAUUAAAGAUAAAGAAAAGGCUGAAAGACAAGCUAGAUUAUCAAAAGCUGGAGGUACUUCUACUGGAGGUGCAGGAAAAAAGAAAGCUAAACCUGCUGUUAAAACCAAUGUCAAUAGUUCAUUCAAAAAAGAUGUUUUUGAUGAUAUGAAUAAUAAUUACGAUGAUUUUGGUGAUGAUGAUUUUAUGUAG